GUAGUCCGGCUGAGAAGAUCACUUGCGCAACGUACUAGCUGAAAUCAACCGAAAUUUGCCUGCUUCCUUGCGCAGUCAUAACGUAGAAAAAAACCGGCAAAAAAGAAUAUAAUAAGACAUCCUUGGCUUUGGUGGCAGCUCAGUUAGUUAAUACUGAAUCGAGAAAAAACCCUAGGAUAGUCAGUCUUAAGCGUUACAAAGUGUGUUCAGUGAUAUAUCGUGGCAGCUACUAUCGCUACUUACCAUUGUUCCAGAAAAUAAACAUCAGGUUAUCAUGUGCCUGGACGGAACCAACGGAACCGUCGGUAGUCUUCCGGUGGCCUCCAGCCAGCAGUUGCUUGAGAAGGCCGCCCGCGAAGAGCUGAGCUCCGAUGACGUUGCCAUCGACCUGCAGGCCGGAUCCAACAAGGGUGACAACUACAUCGGGAUAGUGUUCCGGGCUCGGGUCGAGUGCCGUCGGACGGGAAAACACUUGAAUAUCAUCGCCAAGCUGCCGCCGCAAAACGAAGCCCGUCGGAAGCAGUUCUUUGCACGACCCAGCUUCGAGCGGGAGAUUAGUUUCUACACUGAAAUAUACCCAAUGCUGGAGCAGUUCCAACGGGAGAAGGGUAUCGAUACCACGGACGGAGAACAGUCGUUCAAUCAGAUUCCACGCUGUCUGCGAACCUGCCUGGUGGAGUGCGAGGAGGUUAUACUCAUGAGAGAUUUGAAGGAAGAUGGCUUCGACAUGUUCGACCGGCACAAGGAGCUGAGUGUAGAACAUUUCCGUCUGGUGAUCAAAGCUUUGGGACGUUUGCAUGCACUCUCCUUCGCGCUGAAAGACCAGCAUCCAGAACGGAUAGAGCAGUUCCGAGGCAUGAAGGAAUUGUUUACAUCUCGCGAGGAAGACGAACAAAUGGAUGCCUGGUUCACCGUGUUGAUUACCAGAACACUUGAAACCUUGGAUCCCGAGAAAGAACCGGAUGUGUAUGCCAAAACCAAGAAAGCCCUCGAUGGGAAGUUUAUGGAUAUGGUGAAGGAAUUGACUCUAGGUGAAGCUGCCGAACCGUACGCUGUAAUCUGUCAUGGUGAUUGUUGGAAUAAUAAUAUGCUGUUUAAGCACGAGAAUGAAGUUCCUGUGGACUUCCGCUUGCUUGAUUGGCAAAUCAGCCGCUACGCGUCACCCGUUCUGGAUCUCAUGUAUUUCAUCUUUAGUGCAUCGAACAAAGCAUUUCGCGAUCAGCACUACGAGGAUCUGAUGGAUUGCUACUACGAAAGUCUGUCAAGCUUCCUAAAGCGGCUUGGAUCCGAUCCAGAACGCCUGUUCCCGCGGAAAGCUCUGGACCAGCAGCUGAAGCAGUUCGGCAGAUUCGGACUGCUGAUGGCUGUCAUGAUCCUACCGGUUAUUACCACCAAGAGUGAGGACGUCCCAGAUCUGGAGGAAAUGGCCGAGAAGAUGGAGAACGGAGUCGACCUAACGCAGGAGGUCAAUCAAUUUCGAUCGGAAGACACCGAAGCAACCUACCGGCAGAAAAUGUCCGAUUGCUGCCGGGAUAUGGUUCAGUUUGGAUAUAUCUAGACCCACGUUGCUCAUCUCGAGGAUGGAUGCAAUGUUUUACGGAAGCAGUAUUUGUUUUCUACAAAAGUGUUAUUAAUAGUUUUUAGAUUGUACAGGAUUUAUCAAAUGCCAAAGUUUGGAUAUUUUCAAAUAAAGAAUAACACACAA